GUUUUUAUUGAUUAAUAACACAUGUGAAAUAAAUUUUAUUAGGAACGUAAAUGUUCAUUUUCCCACAUUACCACCUUUGCCGUUUGUUAGGCAAUAGUUUUCGGCAUUAUAACUGGAAAAAUGGAAGUUCAACAAUAUGAAGGGGGUCAGAAAAAAUCUUGCAGUACGGUCGAGAUGUAUGAUGAAGACUACUACACCCUGAAGCUGCGGGACAUGGCCAAGGGGUUCGGCUGGAAGAACCCUCAGUACAACAUCAAACCGGAGAAGAACCCCAGGCAGCUUUGUGUCCACGGAUGCGAGGUGACGGUAUACACGACCUCAGCCCUGACAGGUGAAGAGUAUAAAGAAAUCAGAAAAUUUCCCAACUUAAAGAGCAAGUACGAAUUUGACACGGGAAAACAUAAAUUUCUCAUACCUUACGAAGCGAUGGAUUACGUGGCCAAGGUGGCUUACUACACAUUGAGAGAACUUACCGGAGGCGGGGAAGACUAGUUCCACUUUUUCAAGGCUAAUUUAAAAAUUAAACUAUCAUAUAAAUCUUU